AUGGCAGUUGUGAACAAAUUUUUGGGUCUUUCUCUAAGAGGAGAUUACCUAUCAUAUUCUUUAAUAUUUAACAACACUCUUCAUAAUUUGGGCUCCAUUGACAUUAAAUCGUCUUCUUCAGACCAUUUCCCCAAAAUCAACUCAGUUCUAUCCAUAAUAAAGUCUGAAGUGGAUAAGGAAGAUUCCACUUCCGUGGAUUCCAACAAUAAUAAUGGCUGGAAUGUUGGAAUAUACCACGAUCCGGUUCCAAAUAAGCAUAAUUUUGACCAGAAUAAGUUCUACAGCUUCUGUAGAAUCAAGACUAUUAUAGAAUGUUCAUGCAGUGUAACUUUAAGUACUUCUCCUCUCACAAUUUCAAGCUCAGAGCUCUGUAAAACUAUCGGUAACUUGAAUUAUUCUAUGCUUUGUUUAGCAAAGGUAUCUAACUCUAAGAUAUCAAACAUUGAUGAAGUUGUCAAAUUCUCCUCGACUGUUUUAUCAAAGUUUAUUAGUUCUCCUUCAACAGUUCAGUUUGACGGGAUUGCGACUUCGUGGGCUACCGCCUUAUCAUUAAAGAGGAGGCUUAGCCUUGAUUCUCUGGUUUUGUCUGAAAACGACACUUUGAAAAUCCAGGCCAGACUUAAAAACGACAAGGUCGUCAAUGACCUAAUAAGUAAUAUUGAGCAAACUAAAAAUGACAAGAGUCAUUUGAAAAAUGCACUCGAGAGAAGAGUUCACAAACUUGUACAGGAUUAUGUGGAGAAUAUUGUCCAAUUUGUUGAUUGA